AUGAAGAAGGGAAAGCAGGUCGGUGAUGAAAAGGAGCCCCCUACUUAUCAGGAGGCGACUGCAGGAUAUGAGGAGAUGGAGGCCCAGUUCGCCUGGGACGACAAGGUCAUCAGGCAGACCUUCAUCAGGAAGGUCUACGCCAUUCUCUUGGUCCAGCUGUUAGUGACAGUGGGAAUUGUUUGUCUCUUCUCAUUUUGUGCACCUGUGAGGUAUUUUAUCCAGACACAUCCAGGCUUGUACAUGGCGUCUUAUCUCAUGUUCUUUGCCACCUACAUCGCGUUGUCCUGCUGUGGAGACCUGAGGAGGCAGUUUCCUUGGAAUGUCAUUUUGUUAGUUCUCUUUACUGUGAGCAUGGCCUUCAUGAUGGGAUUUGUGUCGAGUUUUUACAACACCAAAUCAGUGGCUCUGUGCCUGGGAAUCACAGCUUUGGUGUGUCUUUGUGUCACCAUCUUCAGCUUCCAGAGCAAGAUUGACGUCACAUCCUGUCAGGGUGUCUUGUUUUCUUUAUGCAUGGUCAUGCUUCUCUGCGCCAUUACCCUCUCCAUUGUCGUCCCUUUUGGAUAUGUUCCCUGGUUACACGCCCUGUAUGCUGUGGGAGGAGCCAUCCUCUUUACUUUGUUCCUGGCGUUUGACACCCAGAUGCUGUUAGGGAACAAGCGCUACACUAUAAGUCCGGAAGAAUAUAUUUUUGCCACCCUCAGCAUCUACCUGGACAUCAUUUACCUGUUCAGCUUCCUGCUACAGAUCAUGGGAGGAAGCCGCGAAUAAAGCAUUCCACCUCCUCUUCUUCCCCUACAUAGUAUUAAUUUGUCCUUUAACUGAUCUAUUUGAACUGCUAACAAACUCAACAAUCAACCUGGAUAUACUACCCUCGUGAACAAGACGACAUCAGGGGUAGGCCCAUAUGGUUUUUCAUGAAUUUGUUUUUUUCUGUAUGUAUCCAUGUCCAUAGAAUCCUGCUGCUGUUUUUGUCACCUUGACACAGCCCACACCUGCCUGAUACCUCACUGCAGGGGCAGAGCCUGAUGUUUGUGACUCAACCCAGACCUAGGGGGGUCCAGAGGGUAUGCUCUCUUUGCCGUUUAUAGCAGCUACACGCACCAUUUCUUUGAUAGUUGCCAGGGGAAAAAAAUAAUACUCUUGAGCAAGUAUCUAUUUUCUAUCAAAUAUCAUCUCUUGAAAAGAGGCAAAAAUUGGAAGUUGACAUAAACAGCAUCACUGAGAGUACACAGACUGGAUGUUUAGCUGAACGAAUCUGCUACAUGUGAAUCCAUGCUGUAAUAAUUUGAGCUGCUCUAAUUUCGAAUCAAGGAUCCCCAACAAGGCCAAGUAGAUGUAGUCUUUAAUAAUCAGAAUUUAAUAUUAGGCCAACAGAAGAACAUUUAUUCAGACAUAGUAGUUUAAACAAGAUGGGUACGUAUUAUUAUCUGUAUGACACAACAUUGGAGGUAUUUUAAAGACCUAAAAGAUUCAGGGCUCACUGUAGUCAUUCACUUUACUCUGACCAUUCCUUUGUAUGUGAUUUUGUAUUUCUCAGGGGUCCACUGUGACCCCACCAUCCUACAGUGUGUAGUCAAACAGUCAUUAGGCUCAUAAGUGGACAACAGACCAAAACAGAGUUAAUUAUUAUCUGUUUCCAUCACUGAGCCAAAAAGGGAGAUUCAUAAAAUCUGCACUUUCAGGUUGUGUUUGCUUUAAUAACCAACUGUUUCACCAGUUAUGUACAGUAGAUACAGUUUGUUUUAUACUUGUUUUAAUGCACAUUAUCACUGAUGACAAGUUUAGUGUUUAACUGUAUGUGUCUGAGAUAUUUUCACCUCAGUUUGAGCGUGGAUGUUUUUGCCGGGAAAUACUGUUUGAGUGAAA